AUGAUAGCGAGAAGCUCUUUCCCUGGAGCUUUGGUAGCAGACAGACCGUGGCUUGGUCACAAGAGCCUUUCAGAAGCAAAUCUAGGUUAGCAAUGGCUUGUCGUGGCUCUCCCGCCCUCUUGCAGUUAAUUGUCUUCCUCUUAGCCUUACUCAACAUUGCAUUUCCUUGGUGGCAGUGAUGACACCCCUUGUUUCUUCACUCCCAAUGACUACGCAGGUGCCUCUUGCAGGGUCCUUCUGGUUUGUGGAAGUUGGCAGCGUGGCAAAGAGCCUCAAGCUUCAGACUGGCAGAGGGUUCAUUCGCAAGCACCCAAGACUCGCCUAUUGAUGAACUCCCUCUAUCAACUUGGAUUCAGUGGAGAAUAUCCUUCCUCUAGACUCUGGUAAGUGGAGACUGCUCUUACAGAUGCAAUUCUUAGGGCAUUUGCUGGGAAUAUCUUCUGAUUUUGCAGCCCUUUCCCAAAAUGCUCAGAGGAGCUUGGUUGCACUCACAACACUGCAUUUCCAUUGAACAAAAAGUACAAUUAUUGUUGUGAUUGUGAUUAUAUUUUGAUUUCUUUCCUACCCUUCACCACUAGGUCUCAGACCUUGUUUCUGCACUUAAUAUUAAAAUUGGUUCAGAAGAAAUAAUGGUGAUGAUAUUUAAUAGUGUUAAAGUAAUUAUUAUUAUUUUUCAGGUCAGGCUUCCGUUGGACUUUUUAAUUUGUCUCUUAAACUGUGUCAAGGACUAACCAUUACAAACAUAUAAAAUUCAAAUCAUGUUGUUGUUGUUGUUGUUUAGUCGUUUAGUUGUGUCCGACUCUUUGUGACCCCAUGGACCUCCACUAUGACCUGUCCAUCUUGGGUGGCCCUGCAUGACAUAGCUCAUAGCUUCCCUGAGUUAUUCAAGCCCCUUCGCCAUGGCAAGGCAGUGAUCCAUGAAGGGGAUUCAAAUCCUACACAUAGUAAAUACUACAAGGUUGAUGUAUGCUAAAGCCCAUAAACCAUACAAAUCAGAUAUAACGAGGGGAAAUGGUGAGCGAUAAAAUUUUAUUACAUUAGCAACUAUGUUAAAGAACAGAGGAAACUAUCAAUAGCAACUUGGCGAAUGGCGUUUACUAACCAGUUACAUAAAAAAGGGAACUGAGAAUAUCCAGAGGCUGAAUGGACUACUUUCUAUUACAAUGGGUAAAAGAGGUUUAUAAGUGUAAUAUCAUAAUGCUUGAGGUGUAAAUAUAAGAUUACUUUCACUAAAUGGUGUGUGUGUCUGUGUGUAUGCUUAAUAAUGUUGUGUAUUUUGAUAUGGUCCAUUACAAAUGCAAAAAUUCUCUUUUUUUGGUAUGCUUCUUCUGGUAGAAGUAAAAGAUUUUGAAUUUAAUAAUAAUAAUAAUAGCAGUGAUGAUGAUGAUUCACUCAGGGGGUCCCUCCCUGAUUGUUCCCCUCCUCUUUGCCACUGUCCCUGCGAUCCUAAGAUUGCCCUCUUCCUCUGGGCCCAAUGUGAAUAACCGUCCAUAGAGAACAGGUGGGGUGAGCUGAGGUUGUUCCUGUCACUGCUCACGCAGUCCAAGAGAGGGCAGAGGACCGGCCAUGUCUCAGGGACAGAGCAUCUGCUUUGCAUGCAGAAGGUCCUAGGUUCAAUCCCUGGCAUCGCCAGGUAGGGCUGCGCAUGCCCCCUGCCUGAAACCCUGGACAGCCACUGCCAAUCAGUGUAGACAAUACUGAGCCAAGUGGACCAAGUGUUUGACUUAGUUUAAGGCAGCUCCCUAUAAGACGUCGGGGGUCAGCAGUGAGUAUGAUGAGGCAUGAACUUCUGCAGGUAACUAGCACACAGGCAACAAUAUGCAGUGGUACCUCAGGUUAAGAACUUAAUUCAUUCUGGAGGUCCGUUCUUAACCUGAAACUGUUAUUAACCUGAAGCACCACUUUAGCUAAUGGGGCCUCCUGCUGCCGCCGCACCGCUGCUGUGUGAUUUCUGUUCUCAUCCUGAAGCAAAGUUCUUAACCGAGGUACUAUUUCGGGGUUAGUGGAGUCUGUAACCUGAAGCAUCUGUAACCUGAAGCGUCUGUAACCCGAGGUACCACUGUACAGCAGCAGCGCCAUUAUAUGUGGUGGGCAGCUCUGAGCUGUCCACCGUUGUAACUACAGUGGUAUCUUGGGUUACAUACGCUUCAGGUUACAUACGCUUCAGGUUACAGACUCCACUAACCCAGAAAUAGUGCUUCAGGAUAAGAACAGAAAUCAUGCUCUGGUGGUGCGGCAGCAGCAGGAGGCCCCAUUAGCUAGUGGUGCUUCAGGUUAAGAACAGUUUCAGGUUAAGAACGGACCUCCGGAACGAAUUAAGUACUUAACCCAAGGUACCACUGUACUCACAAUGCACUGACAAGACAGCUGUUUGGAGUACAGUGGGCACUUUUAAAUGGCAGCUUCUCAGCCACCUACCAUUGCUGUUAAGUAAUACCAGACCUGGUCUGGCAGGAGGGCAGGGAGAGGGCUAACCCGCCCCCCAUAGCAUUAUCAAGAUGGGCCCUGACUGAGUUCUGCUGCCCGAAAAUGCUGGCUACUUAUGCUACGUCUAUGAGCUGGAGGCUGCAUGCACACAACGUAUUUGAAACACAUGACUCCCCCUUGCCCGAGAAUCCUGGGAACUGUAGUUUGUAAAGCGUGUUGGGAAUUGUAGUUCUGUGAGGGACAAAGUAGAGCUCCCAGGAUUCUUGGGCAAGGGGAAGUUAUGCUGUUUAAAUGUUUGGUGUGUCCGCAGAUAGGGUGUUUCAACUUCCUUUCAAUGUAUUGCAGAGCUGUACCUACUGAGGUAGGUGGGCAUGUGACGGACGAGUCCCCUCAGCAAUGUCCCAAACAUCCAACUUUCAUUUAAAUAAAAAAUCAAAUUAAAUUAAAUCUCCAGCCUUUUGAACUUGUGUGGAGAGAUAAGAGGAUCUGACUGCAGGCAUUGUUCUACCAAAUUACUCCCUCAGAAGUAUCUUUGGAGUGCUCAUGUGCCCCCCUUGACAUUCCUUUUAUCCGUAGGACUGUUCAGUCCAAGCCUUGUUUAAAGAUAAAUAACUCGAAGAAGGGCGAGAUGGGGGUGGAGGCAACCUGGAGUUAACAGCACCUGGAGAAUGAAUUCUAGAGUGGGAAGAGAAGGGCCAAAGUUCAAUUAUGGUGGUGGUGAUGGGACAAGGGGAGGGAGAGCGGAGAAAGGAAGAAAGAUUUGUCCCACAUUUUAAGACUUCUGAAAGAAAAAUGACACUGUAUUCACACUCCUACGCUAAACGUUUUUUCUCUGAAGUUCCAUUGAUUUGGAUAGACUUCGCUUAUAAGGAAGCACCCUCAGAAUUCAGGGAUGUGCAAAUCUAUCAGUUUUGGUUUCUAUCCGUGUCCCCCCCGAUUCUUAAGUUUGGUUCUCCACAUAUACUUGUGAAUUUAAAAAAACAACAACUUCCCAUGAGAACUCACCAGCCUUCUACGGUAUAUUUCUCCCAAUAAACACAUAUUUGUAUGUGCAUUUUUGUACACAACACUUCACUAGAGAACUGGAUUGCAAAAUGCGAAUUUCAACAGAAGGUUGUGUUUUGGUUCUCAUAUUGUUUUGGAAAAUGCAUAUUAAGGAGGUUCACCUUUAAAUGUGAACUGCUACACUUGGGUGCAGUGUUGAAGGAAGUAUGCUGUACAUGAAACGGAAUGGGUGUGUGGAUGUCAGGGAUGAAAGGAUCUACCAAUUUCAGUUGGCUCAUUUCCUCAUUUUUCCAAUCUUAAAUUCAGUUCUCUACAUUUUGCAGCUAUUUGUGAUUUUAUUUUUAUUUUAAAUCCCCAUGAAAAUUAAUCGGCAUUUUUGUGAGAGUUUCUCCUAAUAAACAGUUUAUAUGCAGUUUUGCUUUCUGUACACAGUUUUGCAAGACGUUUCCACUAAUAGAUGCAUUUUUGCAAACACUGGUUGGAGAACUGAAUUGCAAAAUUCUGCUAAGUGUGCAUUUUGAAGGAUAGCUGUGUUUCGGUUGUUAUAUUGUUUUGAAAAGUGUGGAUUUGAUAAGAUUAGGCUUUAAAUGCAUACCAAAUUGAACUCUCCCGCUCCUGUCCCUAGUCAGUGCCAUUCUGCUCUUUGCCUCAGACAGCAAAAUUUCUUGGUCUGCCUUGCUCAGGCCUAAGCUUCCUCAUCCUUGCUCUAAAGGACAAGAGACGCCCAAAGUGUAAAGAGGCUUCCAGAGUUAAUCAUGGCACAAAGUUAAUGGGCAGAUGACCUUAUCUGGAAAAAGUGGUAGAAAAUGACUGUGAGAGGAGGAAGCUCAGAGUUCUAAGAAAGAAAAGGUGUUUGUGGUUCCACUUCCUCUUUCCAAGCAACAGAACUGAAGAAACAGGAGCUUACCAACAAAAAACAACAACCCCAAAACACACAUUUAAAAUAUUUCAUGCCAGGGCCAAAUAAGGGCACAAACUUCUCUAUUUUCCACUUAGUUACUUAUUACUCUAAUUCCCCACCCUUCCUCCAAGGAGAACAGGGAAGUGUAUCUGGGUCUCCCCCCCCCCUUAAAAAAAAAAAUCUAACACCAAUCUUGCAAAGUAGAUUAAUGAGAGAGAGAGACAGAGACUUUCUCCAAGUCUACCAAUGAGAUCUUUGUAAUAGCUGAAUAAGGAUUUGGGCCCAUGUAACACCCAUCCUAAUCUGGCGCUGUAACCCAGAGUUCUGAAUAAAGUUACUAGCCUGCAUUUUUUGCUUUUUUUACUACUCUGCUGGGAGCUGGCAAAAAAAAGGGAGGGUGAGUCCAGUCCAGAGGCAGAUUUAGGGCAGUGCAACCGCUCCCAACCGCACUGGGUGCUGAGCGCAAGGGGUGCCACAGGGCGUUGCAACUAUGAGCUGGUGAACUGAGCAGAACGGAAGGUGAGGGGCAGGAGGGUGAAUUGAAUUUUGGCCUUGCACAGGGUGCCAUUGAAAUCUGAAAGACCAAUAUCUCCCCCUGUUCAGUCCUCCCUGCAGCAACCUGUUUCAUUUUGGCGUUGAGCACAGAGGGCAGAGAGAGCACUCUGCCCAUCCUUUCCCAGCCUUCCCACCUGUGUAGAAUUCCAAUAAUUCACCUGCUUGCAUUUCCUUCUCACCUGUGGGUAUCCAGCUAGUGCUUAAAUACAAAGCUGUUCUUACUACUACAAUACACUCUCUCGCACCUUUCUUUGUUUAAGGCUGUGUCCACACUAGGGCUUUCAUAUGUGUGUUUGUGCACCUUCAGUUUUAUGCCUCUGAAAUCUCUCUCAGUGUUUCCCAUCCACACUAGUGGGUGGUGCUUGUUGGGAUAUAUUUGGGAUGUUGUCUCCUCCCCUCAGUUAACAGUUCCCCACCCUCCCUAAGUUUCUCAAGUCUGAGAUCUGUUCUGGGCAUGCACCCAGGUAUUUGUGCCAGACCCCCAGGGAAGGAUAACCUCAAAGGGGACAUGCGCCAUGACUUCCAUAAGAGGUCAAAACAGAGGCAGCAAUGUAUGUCUGCUCAGCUGUAAGUCACUUUUUAUUCCAGAAAUGCAGCUUCACUUUAUCAGCUUGCACCUCAGGCCUAUAUUCUUCCAGGCACCAAGUCCUUCAGCAGACCUCUGCUUCUCAGGGCUACUUCAGCGUCGUGCUUUCUUCAGAGUGUCAAAUUCUCCUUUCUCCAAUAUUGUUUCCUCAAGAGUAAGUCCCAAACCACAGGGACAGUCAAUUCCACCCAGAGCUGCCUCAGGAUUCCAGGGGAGGCUCUUCCCCAAAGUGGACAGGGGUCUUCUGUAUCAAUUCUCUAGGCAGCGCUUAAAUCCAAGCCUCACAGAAUAGCUCAAUUGGUUAGACCGUGGUGCUGGCAACACCAAGGUUGCAGGUUUCAACCCAGUAAGGGACAGCUGCACUUUCCUUCAUUGCAGGGGGUUGAUCCUCAAGGUCCAAACUCUAUGAUUGUAUGAGAUUCUAUGAGAUCUAUGCCUCCCCAGGAUGCAGGGGGACUAGAUAAACAUGGGUUGUUGGUCUCACCCCUUUGGCCACAUCCCAUGAUGCUUAGGGGAACAGCCUGAAGAAGACCUCCAAUGUGAGGACCACCUAAUUUAUGUGGAGGUAUCUAAUUUAGGCAUUCAGCGUGACCAGCCUGUUCCCUGUGUCUCCAUUAGGCUUCUUCCUCUUCUCCUCUCCCUCUGGUGCUUUUUACAUCCUCCCUGUCUCCCCUUCCUUCCUUCUGCCUAAGAUUCCACAGCUAAGCUCCUUCUCUGCCAUUAGGUAGAAGGUGGAAUGUGCCCUGCCCUUCUUCUCACACAGGAGGUGUGAUCAGGCAAUGUCCAAAUGUGGUCUCCUCAGGAGUCAAUGCCUGGUUGAUGCCUGCUGGCCAUGCAUGCAGGUAUUUGUUUAGCUGUGACUACACUUUUUUUUAAAUAAAAAAAUACAUUUUCCCAUAUAUGAGUUUCGCACAAAAGAGCAGUCAAAGAUAAGUAAAUAAAUGAGUCACUUCAAAUCAAGCAAGCAUUUGGAGCUGAUUGUAUCAAAGGCCGACACUUUCUGUCUUCUGUUCUUCCUUUCUGACAUCCUGUAGUUGCAUGAGUAAAUGUUAUUUUUAUUUUCAAUGCAGAUAUUUUGGCAAACGGUAGUUUUCCACAAGUGCUCUGCUGAAAGAAUAAAAAUAAAGCUCUGCAACAACUAGUAGGAAAGGACAGGCUACAUCCUUUCCUUUGGGCUGAUGGAAGCAAAAUGGAAGCAGAAUUGCCACCACACAUGUAAAAAUAUCUGUCUACACAGCAUGCUUCACUUCGUAUGUCCACAGCUGGGUAACAUUCAAGUUUAUAUCAGAUUUUUGUUCCCAGUCUGAUUAUCUGCAGAUUGGGAAAAUCUAAAUUUAACAGGGGUGUGAGGAGGACAUUAGGUGGACCACGCAAAAAAAUAUAGACACAACCAGUUUCAAUUCCACAUUAAACUCCAGUGUGGAUGAGUUGCUUGUGAAGACUGUACUCAAAUCAUUUUCACCCCUUGGCAAAAUGAGUUUUGCAGGCUUUCUUACUAUACAAAAAACGCACACAACCAAAUCUGUUUGAAUAGAAACAGUAGUAUGGGGAAAGAGGUAUGUACACCGUAAGAGGGUCUGGAAAUCAAGCCUAACAGGGAGUGGUUGAAGGAGCUGGGUAUGUUUAGCCUGGAAAAGAGGAACCUGAGAGGAGAUAUGAUGACUAUCUUCAAAUAUUUCAAGAGCUGUCACAUGGAAGAUGGAGAAAGCUUGUUUUCUCCUGCUCUGGAAAGUAGGACUUGAACCGAUGGCUUCAAAUUAUAAGAAAGGAGAUUCCGACUGAACAUAUGGAAAAACUUUCUGACAGUAAGAGCUGUUUGCCAGUGGAACAGACUCCCUCGGGAGGCUGUGGACUCUCCUUCCUUGGAGGUUUUUAAGCAGAGGUUGGAUGGCUAUCUGUCAUGGAUGCUUUAGCUGAGAUUCCUACAUUGCAGGGGAUUGGACUUGAUGACCCUUAGAGUCCCUUCCAACUCUAUGAUUCUAUCCUCUGAGAAAUGAAUGUGGGUUUUUUUCAGCCUGAGACUCAAUUUACACCCUGUGAAAGGCAGAAUCCUAAAAUGUUUAAACCCAGUUAAUUGAUGUGUUGGCAGUGGUAUUUACUUUCUUUCUUUUACAAUUACUAUUUACUUUUAUUAUAUUAUGUAUUUACAGUUUUAUGCUGUAAUAAUAUAAUAAAUUAUUGUUCCUAAGUAAGCAUGCAUAGGACUGCAGCGUUAGGCCUCAUAAAAAUAGCUGUUUUCAAAUCUUUUUUUAUUUUAUUUAAAUAACAGCAUAGGCAUCUUGUUGUUUUAUCCAAGAAAACACAAACAAUUUAAGCAGGGGAUUUUUAUUUUUUUUAACCACACCACAUUGGCAAAUUACACAAUUCUUUCUGUGGUUAAUGUGACCCGUGGGCACUUCUCAAUCUCACGGGGAAAGAUCCUCUUCUGCAGAUGUCUCUUUUCUACAGAGCUUUCACUUCCUCUUAGGAAGCAGUAAGAGGUUUAACAUAGUCACACUGCUUUACAAAGUGUCAAUCAAGCUGUGUAGUCUGAAAAAGUCAAAUGAUUCUUCUGUUCGGAAACAGGUGUGGUGCCAUUCUGGAUUUUGCAGGGGCUAGUCUAGGGCCCCCAAACUCCAGGCCCUUUCAUUUGGGCCCCAGAUCUCCUAUCCCUCCCCCACUUUUCAAAAACCUUUUUUAAAGCUAGGGAUGUUAAAGUCCAUCAAAAAUGGAAAUGGGAACCGAAAUGCCAGUUUGCUUAUUCAUCCCAUCUCAGGACAGCGGGGGUUAACCACCUCCCUGUCAGGGAUUGAACUUCUGCAUACAAAGCAUUGUGUUUCAUUGCUGAAUAUUGCCUCCCUCUUGUAUUAUUCAUUUCCUUCUCUCUCUUUUCAGGAUAAGAAAAACAGAGCUUCAUUAA